UCCGUACCUGAAAUGCGUACAGAUAAAAAAGCAGGAUGCUACUGUUAUUGUUUAAGUUUUUAUGCUUCAUAUGUUUUAACGCCCAUCUCUUCGUCGACGCCUUUUCACAACUUCGCAUUAUUUUCACUGCACCUGGUCGUAUUGUUUUAAAAUCCCACAAAGUUAGUUUCAAUAAAAUGAAAUAACACAUUUAACACCCUUUCUGCUUGCAACAAUUAUCAUUAUCUUAACACUUAACAAGAUGAAAGAGAAAUCAAACAGUUUUUUUACUAAACGGCAUUUGGUAACGUCUACGUUUUAAUAGCUUAAUGGUUUACCCCACUCUUUUUUGUUUUAUAAGAACGUACCUUUUCUCUCAGAACGUUUUGUCUGAGAUUCCGCCAAAUUCUAAGAACUUGUUAAAAAGAUGUUGACGCCGAAAUAGCAACAUUUUUUUCCAUUAGAGUGAUCGUUCUACAAAGGAAGAAAAUCUUUUUUAGCUACUUAAAACACAAACUGUUAAAUACUACUGGUAUGUAUAUUUAGACUGCAAUGUCACUGGAGAAAAUCCAUAGAAAGUUUUCAGCAAAUACCCCCCCCCCCCCCAAAAAAAAAAAAAAAAAAAAGGCUUACCUUCAACUGAAAAUUAGACGUUCUUAUAAAAAAAAAAGAGUGUACUAUAUUACAAGCCGUGAGGCGCCGAUAAAAAUACUGUCUGAUAGCUUCUCUAAACAGCUAAAAAACAAUCACAUAAUGGUAUAAUAUACAAAGGUCAAUAUUAAGUUUUGAUCUAAUUGGGAAGUCACCGUUAACUUUCAAAGCAAGAGGUCCUUGUGCCUUAUCUUGCAUUUGAUCAAAAAGAAAAAAAAAACACUUUGUGAAAUAAUUCGGUAUGGAAGAUCCUAACGUCCUUUUAGAAUUGAUAACUGAGUAUAUAGAGGACGAUACGAAAGCAGAGAGACCAGAAGAUGAAAGAGUAGCUGGCAAAAUAUCGCGUGAUCAAUCAGAGGAAGAGCUGAAGUACUUCGAGGAUGAAGAUGCUAUUCCCCGCCUCUUGUUUCCAUUGCUUGAGCUUCAGGAUAAUGCCAGAGCAGCAAAAGACUUUGAGGAUCUCAAAUCUGCAGGUAAACUUAUUCUUAGUAAGCUUUAUAUUUAAAUGUCUUCUUAUUUUGUGAGAAAUGGGCAACAAACUCUGAAAUUCUCCAAAAAAAAAAUAUAAACCCAUUUAAUUUCCGCCUCUUUGUUAAUGAAUCACAAUAUUAAGUAUAUCGCUCAUAGUUUUUCUUCCAGGUUAGCCUAAACAGGUUCUUGUUCAACGGGUACUAUUCAAAAUUUUAGGCUACUUAGGUUCUAAAUAGGUUCUAAAUUUAAAAGAAAACUCAAUAUACUAAUGACUAAAAUACCGGCCCGGCCUCUUCUCAUCAUUUCUGUGUGACCAAAGGGUUCUUUUAUUAUAAGAAUCUGUUUCAAAUUUGAGGCUAAAUAGGUUCUUAUUUAACGGGGCCAAAAUUUGUAUUUUUAGGCUAACAGUUUCUUAGGUUCUUAUAAGCGAGUAAGUACAAUAAUUAAUCACUUGAAGCCAGAUUGAAUAACUACAACCUUUGUUUCCUUGGCCAUUGUAUGAUGAUAUUGGAGGUCAGCUAUUUUGUUUAAAAAAUAAAUAUAAGUAUAUAAUGUUUAUAGGUAUAACGGUGGUAUAAAUAGGUUCAAGCAUUGCCCACCCCCUCCCCCUAAAUAUUUCGAGUCACGCUAAUUCCUUACAGUGUAAAAGUUCAACUUCGAAAUACCUUUUGCGAGUAGUAAAGACAGGUGUCCAGCAUAGGCCUCGGUUUGGCAAGAACAAACUGUUUUGAAAUGAAUUUCGGAAAAAAAGUUUAUUACAGGAAAUAUCUCAUGACAAUAAAAAAAAUUGACAGAACACCUGGUACAUGGUUUGAGUUUGAAGGGCUUCAAGAAUUAUCCAGGCUUUGAAAAUUCCAGCGUUUUUAUUUUAUUUUUACUAUAUUAUAUCAUUAUUGUUUAUAUUGAACUACUAUGAUGAGUGAUGAAGUGAUGAAUUUCUAUGUAUCUACAAAUCCAGAGUUUCUUCUCAUUAAUCCAUGAGCAGCGACAAACCUUUGAGGAAUAAUUAGCAAAACUUUGUUAUGCUAGAAGACCUGACACGGUAAUAAAGUUAUUUUUAAUAUUAUAUCUCUAUUGUGUCUAUCAUGAGUGUCCAAAAGCACUGCCCUGUUUUCGUUGAGUUCAAUACUUCUCGAGUUUUUUUGCCUUUUGUUUUCAAUAAAUAUGUUUUAUGCAUUUCCUAAAGUCUAGAUUUCAAAGUUUUCAGGUCCUUUCAAUCAAACCCUUUAAAAGAACCCCCAUAAAGACGUCUUGGAUAUAAUUGACACACUGCUAGUCUAGUUUACAAAUUCUUUAGUGGUCUAAUUCAUAGAUGAAAUACACCUUUACAGUAUACAUCUAUUUUUAAUAAAGUUUAACUUAAAAAAAAUAGAAAACUGUGAGUGCCUGAAACCAGUGGCUAUGAAGAAUACAAUUAUUAUAUGCGUAUAACUGUCAGUAUACCCAUAAGUCUCGAGUGAGGCACAUAUAGUGUAUGAAAGCAUUUAUACAACAAAACAACGUUGUUUAUCCAAACUACUUGGGCCAUUUUCCAUUUUCCUAUUGUCGACCUUAAUUGAAAUGGUGUAUAACACAUUUUUUUCGGUCUCGAGGUUUUCCGGAUUAUGGAGUUUUCCUUUGUUGUCUAUCCAUGACUACUAGCUUAGAUCGCGCCGCUGGGGGUCGAGUUACCCAUUCACCAGGCGGCGGUUAAAGGUCUUAAGCGCGGUGAGCUCGCAAGAGGACCGAAACCAAGGCAAAUACAGUCAAUUGAGACUUAGUGAUGCUGACAGUCUCUAACAUCCAAAGUGGAGGUCGCACUACGAGUAUGUUUGUGAACCCCAGAACCAUUUUGAGCUCAGAGCUGCACAGGGCGGGGUCAAACACGUGGAGGUUCGUGAUAGUGGUGGAGCUAGCACACAGGGUGCCCCUACACUUCGUCACUAAAACAUUUCUUGUCAAGUCCAAAGAGAAGACGGGGUACCAGGACGAAAGCGAAAAACAAAUCAAGAAGGACUGGGAAAGAGAGUGCAGACAAUACAAACAAAUAACCAAUCAUAACCUCGAGGCCCCCCUGCAUUCAGAAACACGUGAUCGCCUACCUCUCAAGGCGUUCGGGCGCGUGUUCCUCCGCACGGAUACCGAGUUGGACGCACUCAAGGUUUCGGCAAAAUUUAAUAACGACAUCACUGUGCGAUAUGUUUGCGAGCAGCCAAACAUCCCCGCAUUACUAAAGAUAAUAAACCGACGACCCCCAAAGCACACUGGAGGGCGCCGGCGAGCAAACGGAUUCAGGUCAGCGGAAGAAGAUUUUGUCUGGGCCUGUGGGUUCUGUUACUUUGCGCGCAAGAAGAAAUCCACGGUGAGAUCACACGUGGAGCAGAGGGUGUGCAAGAAAGGUCGGGAAAGGCGGGAAAUAAGGAACAAAGAAGCCAAUAAAGUGCUCUCAGAUUGCUGUUUACACCAAGACCAGUAAACACUCUACGGACCUUAGCUGGUUGCUUGUUAUGUUGUCAGCUGUUCUUUAAAAUAAAAAAGAAAGUCGUCUCCUGUGA